AUGUCGUUUGAUAAGCGCAUUGUGGGCGGCAAAGAGGCCAGCAUUAAAGACUAUCCGUUUGCAGUGCACAUUUCCACAUCAGAGGCUAACGGCGGGAACGGGUGUGCCGGAGCCAUCCUCACCGACCAGAUUAUCGUGACAGCCGCAGCCUGCAUAGUCGGCAAAGACGGCAAACCGGUGUCAGUCGGCAGCAUUACGCUUGGCUAUGGAAAUAGCACGGUGGCCAGCCAGCCGCUAGCCACCGUCAAGAAUGUGAUCCCUAUCAGCUCGCUUAACAUGACAUCAGGCGCCGAUAACAUCGCGCUGCUGCAGGUUAGCCCGGCAUUCAAGUUCUCAUCCGCAGUGAACCGUGUUCCUCUUUACACGGGCAGCCUCAAGACCAACGACAAGCUCGAAGUGAUGGGCUGGGGAACUACCGACGAAUUCGGUGCAGGCAGCUCAAACGGCGUUCUGGAGGUAUCAACGGUUGCCAUUGGCGACGAGUUCAAGUGCAAAAUCACUGAUUUGUUUGAAGGAAUUGAUGGUAAGCUGGUGUGCACGGCAAAUUCUCUGACGCCAGGCAGUGCGCCAUGCAAGGGCGACUCUGGGGCACCGCUGGUGCGCAAGGUCGGUGAUGGCUAUCAGCUGGUGGGCUUGUGGUCAGGCAUUGUAGAUUCAACGGGAAAGACCAUUGCCUCGUGUACACAGAGCACAACCUACCAGUACUAUGUCCACGCCAAAUCCUACCUCAGCUUCUUCACGGAAACCACAGGGUACAGCGCCAACUCGUUCACUGACAACGCCCCUCCGGUGGACGACGAGCAGACGCCGGCUCCUAUCACUGUGACCAAGUCCAAAGGCCUGUCCACAGGUGCCAUUGCAGGGAUUGCUGUUGGUGCCGUCGUCGCCAUUAUCGUGAUCGCCAUCCUUGUUUAUGUCGUACACCGCAACCGCAAGAAGCAGCAGGAGAACCGCCAGGCCGACUAUAUCUACGAGCUUGGCUUGCAGCAGCUGGCUGAGGAGCUCGGCGGCUCGUACGAGCCCAAGACAUCGAUGGCCUCCAGCAUCUUCAACACGUCGACUGUCACACCCUUUGAAGACAGCUUCGCCGGCCGCCCGUCGCUUGGCACUCGCUACCUGCGCAGCUCGGCCCACGAAGAGGGUGAGUCGCCGUUCUCUGACCAUAUUCCACAGUUGCAGGAUAUCGGCACCGAGAUCACCAUGGAUACACUGAGCAAGACCCACCGGUACGCUGACGGCUCGCCGCUGGUCAUGGAAUUUAUCCGGCCAACACGGGAGGGCAAGGUCGAGGACUACUACCCGCUGCUGCAAGACUUCUAUACGCUGUACGAUGAAGUGGGCGAGGAGAGAGAUGUGUAUACAAGCUCUGGCAGCAGAGACGACCUAGUCGACAUGUAG